UCAGUUCCUCUCUUUCCUCGGCUCGGUUUCGACGACCAGUCAUACAUCGAGCUUUGCCUGUGAGAGAGUUUGUUAUAAUCGGAACGAAAUCAUAAAUUGCAUAGAGCAAAAUACGCGUACAUCUUUAAUUCAGAUUUAUUUUCUUGUCUCGGAAAAGUUUUUUUCCGGUUUUUGGCUAAAGCAAAGUGUACGCUACGCCUAUUGUGAAGGGGCGUAUUAAUCAUCGACAGCUUCGGAAGAACGGUGUUUGCUGAAAUUAGUCCGUUUGGCCGCGUCUCAUCCCUGUAUCCCGUGCGGAAACAGCGAGAAAAGAGGCAAAUAUUAGUAGUAGUAGGUAACGACAGCAGAGCAGAGAUGAUGGCUGAAUCAGACAACACUGCGGACGCAACGAGACGGCUCAAUGUGAAGAAGCAAACCCUAGACGAUGCCUACGCGAUUCCGGCCAAUUUCCUCGAGAUUGAUGUUGUGAAUCCCAUGACUACGCUGACGGCCGGAAAGAAACGUUACACUGACUACGAAGUUCGGAUGCGGACAAACCUUCCUGUCUUCAAGGUCAAGGAAUCCAGUGUCCGUAGGCGAUACAGUGACUUUGAAUGGUUACGAAAUGAGCUCGAGCGCGAUAGCAAGAUUGUGGUGCCACCUCUACCGGGAAAAGCGUGGAAACGCCAAAUGCCGUUCCGUGGCGAUGAUGGUAUCUUCGACGAGAAUUUCAUUGAGGAGCGGCGAAAGGGCCUGGAGCAGUUCGUAAACAAAAUCGCCGGUCACCCAUUGGCUCAGAAUGAACGCUGUUUGCAUAUGUUUCUACAGGAGCCAACCAUCGACAAAAACUACGUGCCCGGCAAAAUUCGAAACACGUAAAAUGAUUAGGAUAUAUUCCAGAACAGACUUUCGCUGGAAGUGUGCGAGAAAACUAGUUUUCUGUUUGAUGUGAGUGAUUUUGGGAAGCAAAAAUACAUACAAAAAAUCCCGAAUUAUUGAGAACGAAAUUUGUUCAGCUGUAAAAUGUAUCAAAAAACUUCAAAAUAUUUUGUUUUUCAUAGCAAAGCCGUUAAGUUUAUGAAUCAUCGAAUUAUGAAUAUUGUAUACAUUUAAUCAAAAGAGUCUGUCAAUAUCAUGAAUCUUGUGUAAACCUACAAUAAUAUGCAUUACCAGUGGAUAAUAAAGUUGGUGAUGCACUCACUAUAAUUUUCUAAAGAAUGUUACAACAAAACAUAUUCUCCGCAAUAAGAUUACGUGUGAUUUGAACUGGCGGUAGCAUAAGCGUAACGCUCAACAGCUCUGCUUCAUUUCGUUUACUGAUAUUGUGUAUCUAUUUUUAGCACACUACUUUAUCGACACCGUCGUUACAAUCUAUCCUGUAUGCAACAAGCGAUAAAAGGUGGAUGCAUUUUUAUUCUACGGAAAACUAUUCCGAGAUGAACGUACAAAACACUUUGAAACCCUUUUUGUCAUAAUCGUACUAUAUCGUGAUAUGUUGAGUUCAUUUUCUGUCUGAAUUUUACACAAUCAACAAUCGGAUUGUAAACCUCGACAAUUACUUUUGCUGUUGAGUGAUAUUUUCUGAAUACUUUUCUAGAAGGGCAUUCUUGAAAGGCUUGUAUAUGUUAUCAAAAAUUGUACUUUCGAUUUACAAAUGUUGCUGUAUUGAAAGAUGAUUAAAUGAUUUUCCAUACUUUCUUGUAUCUUUUAAACCAAUUGAAUCAAUGAACUGAAUAAAUACUUGAAAUUAAACAAA